GGGAGGUAUGAUAUUCUUUUGGGUAGCUCCACGUUCGUUGAAGGGGUACAUGGCAUGUCAACCACACUUGACGGUGAUCGAGUCUGAGGAGGAAAGUUGAGUCACGUGGUAGCUCAGAGGAUCCGGGCCGCAUUGUGGAGUACCAGUAAGUCGAUGUUCUCAACGUCACACGCAGGAUCUUCAAGUUGCCAUUGUAAAGGCUAGCACUCCUAGUUAUGGCUCGUACCUCGUCGUUGCUGGUGUCGGCGACUCCAAGUGUCAUCGCACCAGCAGACGUUACCAUCGGCCAUGUGCAACUUCGAGAUUUAAUCAUAUGUCCACGCGAGGCUGGCAUCGUCAAUUAUGUUCAUAAGAACUCCAUUAUGGAGCAUGACCUUCAUGCUCCAGACCUGCCGAUCUCACAUUUAUCCCAAACACUCUUUUCUUCGCUAAACCUUUCUGAUUCCCCGCACACACUUCUCGCAGCAGGUGGUCAGGACACCGAGAUCCACCUCUCGCUUCACAGUCCAUCACGUACCCGUGCGCUCUGGCAGUUCUCCCGCAGGCUCAAUGGAAGCAUCAACAAUUCCGUCCUCCUUGCACGCGCAUUCAAUAGUUCUCACGAACCACGGCUCGUCGUAAGUAAUAAUGACUGGACAGUUCGCCUCUACGACGUACCCCUCCGAGUCCGUUGGGCACAGGACCUUAGGUGCUGUGGGACCCUCACACUCGAAGAGCCUGUGAAUCAUUCCUCUAUCUCGCCCGACGGACGCACCUUACUCUCAGUCGGAGACUCUCCUCGGAUCUACCUUCACUCCCUUUCAGGCAACGAUCAGCUUACCUUCAAUCGCGUCACAACAUUAGAGAUCCCGUCCGCCAUCUCCAUCCAUCCUAACUCUCUCGUAGCGUCCUUUAGCACCGCAUGGAGCGCCGACGGCCUUAAGUUCGCUGUUGCUUGUCAAGAAGGAGUCAUCGCGAUCUGGGACGUGCGGAGCACAAAGCCGUUAAAGGUGCUGCAUACGAGUCGUGAGAGGGGCGGUGGUGACAGCGAGUGGAUGAGUGAUGACCCGUGGGACUGGACACGCAGAACCUCACGUGCGCCAGGAUGGGGCGCGCGAAGCGUCAAGUUCGGGUGCGGCGGAGUUGGCGGGCGGACAGGACACGAGGUGAUGACGUAUACUGAGCACACUAACCUCCUGCACGUUCUCGACGCUCGAACAUUCGAAACUGAAGAAAUCAUCCGAGUGCCCAACAUCUCUUGCAGCCAAACUCCUCCUGCUCAUACACCCGCCCCUCCCGCACUUAGACAUUCAGGAGGCCGACUGAGUGCACGUGCCGCACGCCGCGAUGAUAGCAUGAUGUCAGAUCGGAUAGGUGGCAGUGAUGAGGGCGAUACCAUGGACCUUGAUGAGCUCGAGGUGGACUGCUUGUCACGUGGGGGCUCGCCACCUCCAAUGAACUCGUACCGCCCCUCAAGCCCGUAUCGGCCCGUCAGCCCAUCGCCUCUCUCUUCCCAAACAUACCGUCCCGCAAGUCCGCCGUAUCGCCCUGCAACCCCUCCGUACCACCCCAUGAUACCUUCAUUCCACCCCUAUCGGCGCACUCCGCGACGAACGCAUGGGGAGGAAGGAGAAGUCGAACGUGCAGGAACGGUGGCAGAGCAUGAAGAUGUGGAUAUUGCAGGGACGUGCUUCGACCCGACAGGAGGUUUCCUGUAUGUUGCGUCGACGGCUGGUGUUGCUGAGUGGGCCGUGCGCGGUUCAGAAAAACGUUGGUGGGGGAGUGGACAGUGGGCUUAGGGCCCCGUUUGUGCCUCCCCUCAUAUGUUUCAAUGCACACGUAUGUCUUUUCACGAUUUUCGGACGUGUUACAAAUACUUUUCUGCGGGGCUGACCAUAUGUACUCUUGUACUCAAGCGGUUUGAUCUACUGCUCUGUUUUGGUUUCUCACUGGUCAUAUUGUCGUCUUACUAUCCCUUCUUCGUUAUCGUCUUCUCAUGCUCACUUUCUCACAUCGUGCUUUCUCAUGUCUGACCGUGCUCAUCUCAUGUACCGUACUAGUUGCAUUUCUAUAUUCCGUUUCUGAUGUUUGUAUACGUACACACUCACGAACUUGAUACCAACCACGCUAGUGAAUUUAUGAUGUAUCCAUUUC